GUCUUGCCACAGCACUGGUCUGGUACUGCGGAUAUGCGUGCACUGUAUAGCGGACACGGACGAAUGUCGCACGGAGAGAAUGACAUUUAAAAUUCGUGACUGAGGGAGCCGAGGCGACGAGGAAAACGACGCACGAGCGUUGACAGCGUUGUGACGUCGUCACAUGGAGCAUUGAGGAGCAGUUGAGCCGACGAAAAAUCAGCGAUCAUGGACCUCAACAACGAUCUGGACCAACAUUUGCUGCACCAGUUCAGCUGUCUCGGUACCACGGACAAAGACGACCUGGUGAAGCAGCUGCAGAAGCUGCUGGCUGACAGCCACCUCAACGAAACGACCGCCGCAUUCUUCCUGGACAUGAACAAUUGGAAUCUGCAAGCAGCAAUUUGCAGUUACAUCGAUUUUGGAAAUCCCUUCAACACCCCUUGUAUGACAUUAAUAUGUGACAGCACAAUUGGUGAAGGGGAAGCUGUGCCACCCAGUACAAACUUUCAGAAGUCAUGGCGCGUACAAAACAGUGGCACAGAAACUUGGCCGAGUGGAAUCCAUCUGCAACAUUCUAGCGGAAUACUGAUGGGUUGUGCAAGGAUACCAGUUCCACCAUUGGCUCCCAAAGAGACUACAGAGUUAAGCGUAACAUUGAAGAGUCCAGCUGAAACUGGUGUCCAUCAAAGUAAAUGGAGAAUGAUGACGUCUAAUGGUGUCUAUUUUGGUGACGUUAUUUGGGUGAUUAUAACAGUGAACGAGUGUGGCACGUUAGCAGUCACUCAACAGCUUCAUCAAUUAAGUACACAGUCCAACGAUGUACAAAUGUGCUAGCCCCAACGUACAAAGUCUCUCCUAAAAAAGAUUUAUGAAAUAUUUAUGUGAGGUGUCUCUCAGAUCAUUGUAAGUUCGCGAUAAAUUGUCGUUUUUAAAUUUUAUAUAGAGAGGUCACUUUCUUUUUCACAACGGAGAUUUGUUUACUGCUCCAGCACCUCAUAAAAAAUAAAAAUGCUGUAUAUUUGAGAUAACUACCAAUAAUAAAGAAUGCAAUGAAAUUGGCCAUACUUUUACGCUGAUUAUAAUAUUAAUGAGAUGCAGAGCUAGUUAUGAAAGAUGUAUCUUACAAAAUGUAUUUCCGGUAAAAGUUAUUAGAUCUCAUUUUGUUAGAAAUAUAAUUCCUUAUAUAAAGCUAAUUUACAUAAAGACAUAUAAACAAUUUAUACUAUAUAUUGUAUGGGAAUCAUAAUUUUGUUAUAUUUAGCAGCUGCUUAUAUGUAAGGCCUUUCACGAUGUUAUCACGAUUUGUAUCGCGCGUGAUUGAUCGAAAUUACAUUUGUAUAAUAAAAUUGAAAAAUAUACAAU